UCUUGUUCUGUGGUGGCGGAACAGAGGUCGUGGGACGGUCGACAUUUUGUUAGCAAAAUAAACUGUCCGCUGUUGUUUCAGGACAACUCGGUUGUUCGUACUUACCGGAUCAGUAAAAUAUAUAAUCAUGUGGUAUGAAAUUCUACCCGGCUUUGCCAUCAUGACCGUGUGUUUGAUCGUUCCCGGCUUGGCCACAACAUACAUUCACAGGUUCACCAACGGAGGGAAGGAAAAGAAAGUGGCUCGGGUUCCGUGGCAGUGGUAUCUGAUGGAGAGGGACAAGCGAGUGUCAGGAGCAGGACAUCAGUUUGAAUCCAAGGGACUGGAGAACAUCCACUGAUGAUGCUGAUGUGAAGAGUCCUCCUUGCUGUACAAAAGAAUAUAUUUACCAUUCAGCUUUGUUUUCUGACUGACUUUGACAGUUGUUGUUGUUAGUGAAUAAACUUCUUUAAUGUAAA